UUUCCACGUGCUUGCCUAUUAUUCUUUGACAUUGCAUUUCGUUGUGCAAUUUCGCGAUAUACAUACACACGUGGCUGGGAAUGUGUGUGAACUGCCAAAGUAGUGUGGAAUGGGGAAAUUAAAGUUGCAAAAGCAAACGUCAAAGCAACUGUCAAAAACGCCUUGCUUCAAACAACCAAACACAAGUAAAUUAACCACCGUUACUGUCGCGCGGCCACGUGAAGAAUUUCCCUCGUUUAAGAGCCGUGUGUUUGUCCAUAUUGGAGCAAAUUGUUAAAGGCAAGAAUAUUAUUAAAAAUAUUGCCACAAAGAAGUGAAUUUAUAAUAAAAAAUAGUGAAAUUAAAUAAUAUAUAAGUUAAGUUUAUCGCCGGUAUGUGAAUGCAUUGUGAGGUUAAAAUCGGUAAAAGCGGGCGCAGAAGCUAAGUGCAAAAGCAAAAGCACGGGCGAGCACGUUGUCGAUUUGGCAUCAGCCGCGUGAGAUAUUUUGAAUUUAAGCUAAUAAAAAAUAUAAAAUAAAGAAUUUUGUGACAAGUGAAUAUUAAGGAUAAAGUACAACGUAACGGGAUUUAAAGUGAAGCUUGCAUGCAACAGUUUGCGCCAUAAUGGACUCACGGCUUUUGAACGUAUUUCACGAUGAUACGUUUGAAAGCGGCUAUACACAACUCAAUACAGAUUUUUGGUCUAGUGAGAGCGACACCAUGGGUCAACUCACAGAAACAUUGCAUGGAAUUUUGCCAAUUCCUCCUGAUGCAGAGCACCAUACAGACUUAUAUAGUAGCGCGCUGCUCGAUGCAGAAGACAAUUUUCGGAUAGCCAACAAAAUAGAUGCUACAUCAAAUUUACAAAAGAAAGAAUUGCUAGUCUAUGGCGAUUUUACGCAGCCACAAUUGCCUACAAAUUCCAUUGACAUCAUAACCGUGGAUCCUAAUUCGUUCGACUCAGACUCGGAUGACGAUACCGAUUAUAGUGAAGAUGCUGAUGACGAUCAACUAGGUGUGGCAGUGAUUGAUAAUACAAAUGGGGGUAUCCGCCGAGUAGAUUUCGACGAUAAUCGUAGUCAUUGUAGUGAUGCUACAUUUCGUACACGUACUGAUAGUUCUUCUAUUGGCGACUACGAAUCGCAUACAAGUGACUAUGAUGAUAGUUCAGAUGAUGAUGAUGAGAAUGUUGGUAACAUCAGAAGUAAUCACUUUGAAGAUAUAAUCCCAAGUAAUGCCACGGAAGCGAUUUUCUUAGCAGACAAGGAUAUACCUGAUUUAACAGCAGGUCUCUUAGAGGCCGAUGGAAUCGAUCUAGAAUCAAGUUUCCAAUUGCAUCUAGACGAUAUUGCGGUGCGUAAUAAAAAUCGCGCCUUGAGCACAAACACCAUAGAUUCUGACGUGGAUGUAAAUAAUUUUGAUUUAGCGGAAUUCAUAACGAACGACGAAGUAACAUUAACAGCUCAAAAAGUGAAAAUUAAUAAUGUAGUGCAACCCAAACCAAGUGUUGCACCGCCAAAACGUCUAGCAAUACCGGUAAAAAGCAAUAUUGACACGGACUCUGAUGUUGAUUCGGAUGUUAUUGUUGACAUAGAGACGGUAGAUGUAGAUAAUGAGAAAUCUUUGUGGGAGAUGGCAUCAGAAAGUGCUGCAGUGCUAAAUGAUAACGAUGUCGCGUACGAAGAUAAUGUAAAGAAGGAUCCAUCCUGGAGUCCAAAAGCCGUCAAGAAGGAUACUGCACCGAAAGAGGCAAAGACACGCCCAUCCACCGCAAUAGCUGCUCCAACAAAUACUGCUAAUAAUAAUUUGCAAAAUACGCGCCAUUUUACAAUUAUACCCAGCAAGCGCCAAUGUGACAUUCUCAAGGGCAAAGCAAGUACCGGCAAAAAUAAGUCAACCACAAAGCAGGCACCAAGCAAACCCAUUACGAAAAAAGGACCAGAUGCCACAGCAGGCAAUGCCUCAAAAGCUGGUUCACUCACUUGUAGAGUUGGUGUAGGUCAAAGUGGCAAAAACUUGUCUCUACUUUCACAGAUUAUUUCUGCUGACGAAAGCAAACCACAAACUAAUGAAACUUUAAAAACAGAGGAGAAAAAAUCGGAGCCCCAACAGCCCUCUGUACAAGAUAUACAAGUUUCACCAGAAAAAAUCCAAAAAGAAACUGCAUUGCAACAAACAAAACUAGCAGUAAAGCGUAAACUUAAUUUAGAAGAGUAUAAGCGGCGACGUGGUGGCAAUGCUCCCGCCGGCCAAAACGAAUGCGACAAGACAUCAAGCGAAACCCAAAUUGUAAACAAGUCUGCAACACAAAAUACGCAAGUAAAACACAGCCAAGAAGUAACUUCCGUUGUUAAGAGUUUGAGAAAUCAAGUUGGUCAAAAACCUCCAGUAGAUCCCAUAACCGAUGCUAAAAAUAAGGUGUUGCGCCUGCAGGAGCUGAAACGAGCACAACAAUUGAAAAUUAUAGAUUCUACGAUAUCAGCGAAAGUGCCGCGUGUCACAAAAUUACCACCACUUAAGGAUAUUGUAAAAGACACCUACUAUGCAGACAAUAACGAGCGCAAUCAAACUGCGGCUGACGCUAAAUUACAUACCGAUUAUGAGGAACUGAUCAUCGUCUCAGCUGGCUGUAACACUGAGAUUAGUAUACCACCGCUUAAUAUAUUACCAAUUAAUGUAUGCGAACGUUCUCUUUUGAAAUCUUCUGCAUUGCUCUAUAAUAUGCCAAAGGGUUUAACGUCAAGUAGCUCAUUGAUUGCCAGUAUACAGGAUGUGGUUGUGCAAAAGGUAGUUGGCCCUGAAAAGUCUGGCAUAGCGAAUAGCGUUACAACGUCGCUUUCGGAGAAAACAAAAAUCGAGGCGGAACAACACGGCGAGGAUAAGGUGAUUAUGCAUUUGCGUAAAGACAGAAUACGACCACAAACCGUCAGCAUUGGCGUGCAAACUGACCUGCAGCCAGGUUUUGUGCGUUUGCCAAAAAUUCCGCUUAAACAGCGGGCUCCACGAAAUUUUCGGAAACACAGCGGCAAAGAUGAUUCGGACAGUGAUGCAUCGUGUGUGCGUAGCCGUAUACGCAGUCGUAGUCCUGUAAAUCGUUCACGUAGUCGCUCGGCCGAUAGCUAUGAAUCAUCAGUGGAACGCGCUGGCGGCGUACGCCAGUGCGAUGCUGCUGGUGGCUAUUCGUCGCGCAGCAGUCGUCGGCAUCGUAGUUCCAUCAGUUCUUCCUAUUCCGAAUCGGGACGUAUAUCACGUAAUACACAACGCCAAUCGCGCACAAGCUAUAAAAAACGUACAAAAAAAUAUGCUCACAAUUCAUCGGUGUCAUCUUCUUCUUCUUCGGACAUGUCCGAUCGGAGUCGCAGUCGCAGCCGGAGUCGGAGUCGAAGUCGGGGUCUCAGUCGUAGUCGUAGUCGCAGUCCAUAUUAUAGACGAUCAUAUGUGAAAUCGCGUUCGCGUUCGCGCUCACGUUCUAUUUCACGUGCGAGCAAUCGAUUUAGAAAGCCAGGUGCACACAACAACUUUGCGAAUGGCAAUGUAUCGCAGCCAGCUGUUGAAGAGCGCCGUAUAGUAUACGUAGGACGUAUUGAGGAAGAGACCACCAAGGAGAUACUAAGAAGAAAGUUUUUGCCUUAUGGCACGAUCAAACAAAUUUCGAUCCAUUACAAGGAUACUGGCAUGAAGUAUGGCUUUGUAACUUACGAACGCUCACAAGAUGCAUUCACAGUAAUAGAUAGUAGCGCUCGUGAUCCUACAAUUAACAUGUACGACAUCAGCUUCGGUGGUAGGCGCGCUUUUUGCCGCUCUUCAUACGCCGAUUUAGAUAACGCCGGCAUUAAUACCUAUCAUUCGGUUGUAUUUCCCAAAGUGCAAGCGCCACCUAAAGAGGAGGAUUCCUUUGAAGCUUUGCUGCAGAAAGUGAAGGCGAAAAUGAGCGCCAAUAAAGUAGGGGGCGGGACGAAUACAAUUAAUGCAUGACGUCAGCCAUGGAAAUUAAACGCAAUGAAAUGUUGUAGUCAAGUUCUAUGUGUGAGAUUUUUCAUUUCGUAUUUUAGUGGCAUAAUCGUUUUCGUACUUUCAUUCAUAUUUAACUUGUUGUAUGCAAAGAUAAUUCUAAUUUGAAAUAAUGUUAUAUACAUACGACAAAAUAUCGUACAUUUAUUUUUCUAUAAAAACUUCUUCUAUUAAUUAAGUUUAGUUUCUAUGUUCUUUUUUUUAAUGAAUUGCUAAAUGUAUGCGUACGUUAAUUCACACGCUUGAAUAAUAGAAAUUCAGCUGAGUACUGAUGAUUACUUUUAGCUGCAAUGACAUUAGAAGAAAAUUAAACGCGCAUCAGAUGCAUUAUUGGACUGAAAAUAUAGUUUUUUUUAUGCUAAUUUCAAAAAGGAAACGACUUGGAGGAGGUUAAUAAAUAAAUCUUUUAUUUCUCAAUGUACAUUGUUAUCUUAAGUGGAAUGUGAUAAUAGAAGCCACAGUCAUUUAUUGCAAAUAAGUUGAAUUGCUUAAUAUUUACAUAUUUAGAACACAAGAAAUAACCCCAUAAAUUGCAUAUAUAUGUAUGUGCGUGUGUAUGAAUAUAGAUUAUUUAAUGAAUUUACCGGAGACAGAGCGGACCAUAACUAAAGCCGGCAAGUGUUAAAUGUGAAUUUUUCAUAGUUAACUACUCUAAUAUUUUUGUAAAUUUUGUACAUUUGUAAACAAGCAUAAAGCAUAAAACAAAUAAAAACAACAACUAAUGAUCCUACACAAAAUAGUCUAAAACUAUUUACGAACGUACAAAUGUAUGGAAUGAAAUGGAUGACAAAUCAAACUGUUGAUAUAGAACCCUGAUAUUAGCUGUAAUAGUAGGCACUUUUUAAUUUCUUAAAUACAAUUUCCAACUACAUGCUUGUAUUCUAGUUAAGUUAAGAAAAUAUGUAUAUUUCUAAAUUGAUUUGUGGAUUCAUUUUUAAACUGCACGCUGACGUAUAGUUUGAUUUUAAAUCCAUUGCAACCAGCAUAAAAUGUAAAAAACAGAAACAUAGCUAUAUUGCAACUUCAAAUUAACUCCAAAAUAGUUUUAUUGCUCACAGAAAUAUAUGUAUACUUUAGUUUAAUUACUAUUAAAGUAUAUAUUUGUAAAAGCUAUAGAAAAUAACGCUAAGCAGAUUUUAUGUUUCGUUUUGUAAUUUAAGCAGCCACCAUAGGAAGCCAUUAAGCCAUCAAAAUAUAUAGAAUAAAUGUAAACAAAUGUG